UUUUUUUUUGCUUGUACAAUGGGGGCUGGGCUUCAUUCUGGGCUUAAGCCAAGUGUUUACUACCUCUAGUACAGUCCCUACUCAGAGCUGACAAGAGGCACCCAGUCAUCUCCAGUGUGAAGACAACAGCGAUCCCUCUCCUCAGCCAACAUGAAGAUUGCAUCAUUUAACAUCCAGAGAUUUGGGGUGAAUAAAAUAUCCAACAAGGAAGUCCUGUCAACUAUCAUCAAGAUUGUAUCUCGAUAUGACAUCAUCCUUAUCCUGGAAUUUGUUGAUGCCAAGGAAACCUCAGCGAGCAGAUUCCUGAGUGAACUGAACAAGGCACAAACAGGUCACCAGUACCGCAUGUCUCUCAGCACACGACUGGGCAGAACUAGAUACAAGGAGCAAUUUCUAUUCCUUUACCGGGAGGAUUUAGUGGACCUAGUUGAUACCUACCAGUAUGAAGAUAAUCAAGAAGGAGAUGUGGAUGCCUUUGCCAGGGAGCCAUACAUUGUGCGCUUCUCCUGUAAAAACACAGUGCUGAAGGAUCUGGUUCUGAUUCCAGUACGAGCUAAUCCUCAAGACUCCUUAAAGGAAAUCGAUGAGCUCUACGAUGUUUUUCAGGCCGUGAAGGAGAAAUGGAAAACUGACAAUGUCAUGAUUCUGGGGGACUUCCAUACAGAAGGCAGAUAUAUGUCUGAUAAGAAAGUGGGAGGAAAACGCCUCCGGACUGAGCCUGCUUUUCAUUGGCUGAUUGGUGAUGAUGUCAACACCACAACCAGUAACAAGAAUAAAUCUUAUGACAGAAUUGUGGUUUACGGGGAUGACAUGCUGGACGCAAUAGUUCCAAAUUCAGCCAAACCUUUCAACUUCCGGAAAGAAUACGGACUGGGUAUAGAAAAGGCUCUGAAUGUCAGUGACCAUUACCCUGUGGAGGUUGAACUGAAGUCUGAAGAUCAGAUAAAGAGCAGUCCUGGAACUGAACCUGGAUCUAGAGAAGUUGAACCAAAACCCGGCAAUAGAUGGCAAGGAGCAGAUAAGGAAUCUCAGUCAUCAGCGCAUUUGAGGAUUGCCUCCUUUAACAUCCAAAAGUUUGGAAUGAAUAAAAUAUCUAACACAAAGGUGCUGUCAACAAUCAUCAAGAUCGUGUCUCGAUAUGACAUCAUCCUCAUUCUGGAAGUUGUUGAUGCCAAUGGAAAAGCUGUGGAAAAAUUCCUGACUGAACUGAACAAGGCGCAAACCAGCCAUCACUACACUAUGUCUCUCAGCAAACGACUGGGCAGAAAGACAUACAAGGAGCAAUUUCUAUUCCUUUACCGGGAUGAUUUAGUGGACCUAGUUGAUACCUACCAGUAUGAAGAUAAUCAAGAAGGCGAUGUGGAUGCCUUUGCCAGGGAGCCAUACAUUGUGCGCUUCUCCUGUAAAAACACAGUGCUGAAGGAUCUGGUCCUGAUGCCAGUGCACACCACACCUAGAGAUUCCUUUAAGGAAAUUGAUGAGCUCUACGAUGUCUUUCAGGUCGUCAAGAAGAAAUGGAAAACUGAUAACAUCAUGAUCCUUGGAGACUUCAAUGCAGAUGGAGAUUAUGUGUCCAAUAGGAAAAUGAAAAAAAUCCGUCUCAGGACUGAGCCUGGUUUUCACUGGCUGAUUGGGGAUGACGUCGACACCACAGCCAAUACUGGGAAUGACAACACUUAUGACAGAAUUGUGAUUUAUGGGGAUGACAUGCUGGAGGCUGUUGUUCCACAUUCAGCCAAACCUUUUAAUUUCCAGGAAGCGUAUGGGCUUGAUAUGGAACUGGCACUGGAUGUGAGUGAUCACUACCCAGUUGAAGUUGAACUUAAGUCUGCACAUUAGGACAACAUUAAAUCCUUAAAGUGUGAAAUCUGCCGAUGUAUAGCCACAGCCAGAAAACUGUGGUAUAUGGAUGCUGGGACCAUCUAUCUAUUUGAAAUUGAGUUUAGUAAAACAAAAAAAGAAAAAAAAAACAGGAAUAGGGUUUGGUGU